AUGGCCAACAAUCCCACAUUCAAACCGUCGCCCUUAUCCUUUGGUUCGCCGAGGGCAUCCCCGUUCCGGCGCCCGUCCACUCCAAACUCCCCGCCCUCAGCUAGUCGCACAGGAGGCACCCCAGGGAGCUCCCCCAGUCGGGCAUAUACACCUAUGGUGUCGCCCAGCAAGCUCAAUCAAUCAUAUACUGUGGAGGAUGGUGAAUCGCGUUCUCCGAAGAGCGAGCGGCCCAUUCCCCAGCCGAACUUUGGCAGAGAGCUCUCUCCUUCUCCGACGAAAGGAGCGCGGUCGCCAGGGGGCUUAUCCCCGAUUAUUGGGACAAGGACGGGUGGCUUUACCGCCCCAGCUGGUGAUGCGGCUGGGAAGCUAUCAGCGCAACAAGUGAGGGAGAUUAGAGAAGCUUUCCAGGUUCUCGAUCGGGAUAACGACGGGCUCGUGGACAAAGAUGAUGUGAUUGAUGUGCUGACAACUUUGGGCCAAGACUCGUCCUCCUCUACGCUCUCGCGCUUUUUCCCACCGGGGUCAGGCCAGACUAUGAACUUCCCAACCUUCCUGAAUACACUUUCUGCACUGAUGGCAUCGAUGUCACCUUCGCAGGAGCUUCUCAAUGCUCUUGCCGCGUUUGAUGACGAUGACAACGGGCAAAUCGAUGCCGCCGAAUUACGUGAUGCUCUACUACAUACCUUCCCAGAAGAUGGAGAGGAACGAUUGACCGAAAGACAGAUCGAUGAAGUCUUCAGUGGGUUUAUAGGGCGCCCAGCAUUUAUUGGCCGAGGAGCGAAGUCAGGCGGGAUGGGUAAGAGGGGUGAGGUUUUCCAGUAUCAUGACUUCGUACGCAGCGUUAUGGGUGGGGAUAAUGGAAAUAAUGCAAAGCGCGAAGCAGAUCCAACACAUGUAUGA